CUUCCCCCUAAAUGGCACCUUCCCUUGUGUCCGCGCAUGACAAGGCAGACCAACAUGGUCACUGUUGAUUCGACCGGCAUCUCCCGUAUGUUACUGGACCUACGUCGUCUCCACUCCCUGUUUGUGUCUGGUUCUACACCAUGUGUUUAUGUAUGGCUGCAGAUUGUUGAACCAGUCAUUCAUUGACAGUUGUUUAUAGUAAACAAAGGAACAAAAUGAAGACACAAUGUCCAGAUGCAUGAAUUGGAGAUUUAGUAUCAAAAGAAAAAGAACCUCAUAUGCUGAACAUAAAACUUAAUGGUUUUUAUAUGCUCUCAAAACAUCAAAUCUUGCGAAACCAGAGUCCUAUCAAUGGUCUUUUUCCUUCUAUUGGAUCUGACAAGAAUACAAAUAGAAUAGCUCAUGUUCAGGAUUCUAUUUACUGUGCAGUUGCUGUUUGGUCACUGGCUCAAGUUUAUAAUCAGAUUUUCAUCAGAAUAGAUAGCAAUCCUUUGUUAGUCAAUGUCUCACUAAAGAUUGAUGAUGACCAGGGCAGUAUCAUUAGUUGGGCCAAGCUGAUGAUAGGUAUGUUGCAAUGUUGGAUAUUCAAGUUGGCCUCCUUCAGUCUUAGAGCGACUAUGGUUCAUCUCAAACACUUUUCCAUGUGCAAUGUUGGAUAUGACAGGCAGAUAAAGUAGAAAAGUUCAAAUCCAAUUAAGUCCAGCAUAUGCCCUGCACUCUACAUUGUAUCUUGUCACUGGUUACCCAGCAUACAGAGGCAAAGAAUAUGAACAUUUGCAAAUAAUAAAUGAACACCUUUGAUUUGGAUUCCUCAACUGAAGGAAACAUACCAAUACUAGAACAGUCUUAAAAAAACAGCAGUGAGGCCAACAACUAGGUCAGUGAAACACUAGGUUUAGAGACUUCAGGAUCAAAAGACAUUUAGCAUUGCAACAAAAGUACAUAAACUAAACAGUAGAUUAACAAUUAAAAAACAAAACUUGAUAGAAUGCUCAGAGAGACAAAUAAAUGAUUUCUAGUUCUUUAAAUUCUCAAUUAAUCUUUUUCAAUCAUGAAAUGAGUCUGCCAAAGUUAGCCAAUUUCAUAGUACAAUUAUGCUAACUGUACACCUGCUUUGGACUGAUGGCUCUGGGUUUAAAAUCUGUCUGCCACAAUCCUCUCCCAUCCUCCAUGAGGUUUGGGAUGAGAGGAAAUAGUCUUCAAUUUUCUUAAGUCAUUAAGUGACUAAUUAACAUGAGCAAUUCAAUAUCAUUUUUAAAAAGUCUUCUGGUGUUUUUGACUGAUGCAAACAUUAUUUAUAUACUUUAAGUGUCAUCAACAUGAUCAGUGCUUCCCUCUAACAAUCCCUAUUUAUAACAUUUUUGAAGUAAGGUCUGUAUAGUAUAAGAUAAGAAGAUAAGAUAUAAAAAAGAAAAGCUUAUAGCUUUAAAUGUUAAAAUUAUCAACCAAAAUCUUAAAUCUACAACAAAAAAAAAUAAGUUUAGUGUUUUACAGUGUAAGAAUAAUACAAAACAAAUCUUUAGCUUGUGAUUAAUUUGUGAAAGAUUGUCCCAUACUAAAGAACUAUGAAAUGAAAUUAACAUUGCUCUUCUAUAAUAUUAGUGCAACUCUGAAAGACACUUCAGAGAGUCUAGUUGACUAGAUUAAAACUGUUGUGAGAGACAAUAUGACCUUUCUUUUCACCUGGGAAAGAUCAUGACAGAUGGAAAACCUUCUUUUCAUAGUUAUUUCAGGUUGACAAGGGGUGGGAAUCUACUGGAAUGGUUGAACAAUAACAAUAUCACGCUAACCCCCACUCUAUACUUAUGCAGUCAUUAGUCAAAUCAUUGUUUUAUGGAUGUAGAGCCUUGACACUUUCAGCUGAUUCACAAAUAUGGAUGUGAGUCUCAAGAUUAUUUCUUUGUUUACAUAUCUAAAUAUUUCCUACACUAUGCAUGACACAGAUUUAGAAAAUAAAUAUAAUUAGCUUUAGGAACUAAAGAUCACUAAGAACAGCAAGAGACUGAUACAAAUGGUUCCCGGUCAUUUCAUUCACAGUCACUUCAUCGCAGUCGAUUCAUCUUUGGUCACUUCAUCUUUGGUCACUUCAUCCCCUGGUCAUUUCAUCUCCUGUUCAUUUCAUCCCCUGGUUAUUUCAUCUGCUAGUCAUUUCAUCCUCUUAUCCACCAAAUAAUAAUUGUAAAAAGGUUGAAAUUAACAGUAUUUCAUUUUAUUUCAUUUACAAGACAAAAAGUGUGACACAUUAAAUAAGAACAGAAUAUAAUGUCAUUAAAAAUAUACAAAUUUAACAUUUAUAGAUAUAGAGCUAAUGUAAAGAUUAUUUUGCAUGUUAAUUGAAAUCAUUUAUAGAUAAAGAGCUAACGUUUAUAGAGCUAAAUUGUUUUUGCAUGUUAAUUGAAAGAUAAGAUAGGCUAUUGAAAGUUGGUACAGAAUACAAUCCAUUGAUUCGUAUUGCUGUACAUUGUUG